ACCAGCAAGUUGUGCGCUCUUGGAAAAGUUGUGCAAGCUGCUGACUUCAGGGAGACAUCCCUCUGUCUGGUCUGGUGUCGGACUUCUUUUCAGGAAUGCAGCGGGAAGUGUGAGAAGCAGGAAGGAGCUUGGUCUUUCUUUAACUCACCAGCCAUUGUUAGAGGCGUUAAUUGUAGGGAGAGUUAUGUUAUCAAGGCUACUCCUCCAAGAAGUGACUUUGAACGCCUCACCGCGGACUCUCGAGGACUUUUAGGACUGGAAAGAGGCUUCACGCGACUUCUUCUGCGCCAUGGGCUGCAGCAAGGUGAUGUUGGGGGUGGUAGGGGCGGCUGUCGUCAUCACGUUAAUCACAAUCACGUCAGUUUAUUUAAGCAAAUCUGGUGGGACCAAAAGACCAUUCACUAUUGAAGAUUACUUCAAUGACACGAUAAGGUGGAGAUCCUACAAUUUAUACUGGAUAUCAGACAAGGAGUAUCUGCAUAAAACUAGAGAUGGGAAUGUCUUUCUCCACAACGCUGAAACACAAGAGGAAUCUUUAUAUUUGAGCAAUUCAACCUUUACACAAGUGGAUGCGACAGAUUAUUUGUUGUCAGGUGAUCAGAGAUACAUCGCUUUUGAAAGCAAUUACACAAAGAAAUGGAGACAUUCGUUCACAGCCUCAUACUCCAUCUAUGACAGAGAGAGAUCAACGUUUGUUACAACUGGAAGUCCUCCAGCUGAUGUGCAGUACUUUACAUGGGCCCCCACAGGAAACAAAUAUGCAUAUGUUGUAGAUUACAACAUUUUUCUUAAAUCAGACGUCACUGCUGAAGCUGUUCAGGUGACCCACAAUGGGAAAAAGAAUGAGAUCCUUAAUGGCAUCCCUGACUGGGUCUAUGAAGAGGAAGUGUUUGCAUCUAACGGGGCAAUAUGGUGGUCCACAACCAGCAGUCUUUUGGCUUAUGCUGAGUUUAAUGACACAGACGUUCACAAAGUGGAGUUCUCCUGGUAUGGAUCUGAGCAGUACCCAGAAACUGUGGCUGUCCCAUACCCUAAGGCUGGGUCGACCCUCACCAAGGUGAAACUGUUUGUGGUUGAUACUACAAAUCCAUCCCGACGCACACAGGUGGCUCCUCCAGCGUCUGUUGCUUCUGGUGAUCACAUUUUGUGCUCAGUGAACUGGAUUACAGACGAACGCGUCGCUGUGCAGUGGCUCACAAGAAAACAGAAUUACGUGGUUGUACAGAUCUAUGACUUCGAUGGAAGCAACUGGAGAGAAAAACAGAAAUUUGAGCAAACAAGCAAGACAGGCUGGGUCGGCCAUUAUGUGCCCUUGCCUCUGUUCUUCUCUGAGGAUAAACUCAGUUUCUACAAAGUGAUGAGCGACACUCAGGGCUACAAACAUAUCCAUUAUGUCAAAGAUGGCAAAGCAACACCUAUUACCUCAGGGAAGUGGGAAGUCAUCUACAUAUCCAAAUUAACAAGAGAUGCAAUAUAUUUUGUGAGUAACGAGUACCAAGGAAUACCUGUGAAGAGAAAUCUUUACAAGGUCAUGAUUGGAAGCAGUCCCUCGGCCCCUCAGUGUCUCACCUGUGGCUUGUAUGAGGACAGGUGUCAGUACAACUCAGCUUAUCUCAGCUAUGACGCCUCGUACUACCGAAUGGACUGCUACGGACCUGGAUUUCCCCUUUACACUCUCAUGGACAACAGAGGAGCAGGUGGAGAGAUCUCCGUUCUUGAGGACAACAAGGAAAUUAAAAAUAUUCUUUCAGAAUUCCAAAUGCCAACAAUGCAACAUGGUACAUUUAAGAUAGCAGGAUUUGAUCUCUGGUAUCAAAUGAUGUUACCACCCAAUUUCAAGAAAUCCAAGAAGUACCCUCUCCUCAUUGAUGUGUAUGGAGGCCCAUGCAGUCAGCGGGUUGACUAUCGGUUCAAGCUCAACUGGGGAACAUACCUCUCCAGUUCACAUGGGAUCAUCGUCGCCAGUUUCGAUGGAAGGGGAAGCGGUUACCAAGGUGACGAUAUACUGCACUCCAUUUACAAGCGCCUUGGGACGUUUGAAGUUGAAGAUCAGAUGGCAGCUGUGAGGAAAUUCAUCGACAUGGGCUUUAUUGAUAAAGACAGAAUAGCAAUAUGGGGCUGGUCCUAUGGUGGUUACAUUUCCUCCAUGGCCCUGGGUGCUGGAACUGGACUCUUCAAAUGUGGAAUAGCAGUCGCCCCUGUAGCCAAGUGGGAAUAUUAUGAUGCAGUGUACACUGAACGCUAUAUGGGCAAGCCAUCAGAGAACUCAGACUCCUACAAAAAUUCUUCAGUGACAGCCAGGGCGAAGAACUUCAAGGACGUAGAUUAUCUGUUGGUUCACGGUACAGCGGAUGACAACGUCCAUUUUCAGCAGGCAGCACAGAUCUCCAAAGCUCUGGUAGAGGCGCAGGUGGACUUUGAGGCGAUGUGGUACACUGACAAGGACCACUCACUCAGAGGAUCAGCCUUCCAUCACACUUACACCCUCAUGAGCCACUUCCUGCAGAAAUGCCUUGUUAAUCCCAAAUAGAUGUGAAAACUGUGACUGCAUUUUUAUCCAACAUUAACACACUUUUUGUGUGUGCGUGUGUGUGUAUUUUUUAUGUGUGUGUGCAUUGAUUAUGUCAGGUCAACCCAGUACAAUUAUUUUUGUGCAAUGGUGGUUUUAUUACUUUUGCAAAUGAGCAUUUGUAUUUUAUCUUACAUUUUAUACGUACUUAAAGCCAUGGCAUGCAUUUGGGAUUUUAUGUCAGUCUAAGCUGUGUUUCGCUGCACUGAUUUGUUGUUGAGUAUAUAAAAUGUGUUGCAGACAUGCCCUUAUGAAAGAGAAAUAAACUUUGUUUUAAAAAAUC